ACCGAGUUAUAUAUAUUGGGCUGUCCAACUUUUCCCCGCUGUGUAAAGAGUUCUGGCAUUGAGUUUGGUUGGAGAAGAUCCAGCAGCAACAUGUCACAGUAUUCCGGCAAGAUCAUUUUCUACGAGGGCAAAUGCUUCACCGGCAGGAAGUUGGAGGUGUUCGGAGACUGCGAUAACUUCCAGGACCGGGGCUUCAUGAACAGGGUGAACUCCAUCCGUGUGGAGACAAGCGCUUGGAUCUGCUACGACCACCCUGAUUUCAAAGGCCAUCAGUACAUUCUAGAGCGCGGCGAGUACCCCGACUUUCACCGGUGGAACGCCCACAAUGACCACAUGGGCUCAUGUCGGCCCGUCAGAAUGCAUGGAGAACAUUACAGGAUAGAGCUGUUUGAAAACUGCGACUUUAAUGGCCAGUGCAUGGAGUUCUGCAAUGACUGCCCAUUCCUCCAGGGACAAGGCUGGAACAAGACUUGUAUCAACUCCAUCAAGGUGUACGGUGACGGAGCCUGGGUGUUAUAUGAGGAGCCCAACUACCGAGGGAGGAUGUACAUCGUGGAACGGGGGUACUACCAUUCCCACACUGUGUGGCAAGCACAGAAUGGCAACUUCCAGUCCAUGAGGAGGGUGGUCAAUUACUUUUAGAGAGGCACCUUCUUUCUUCCAUCAGCAGCAAGCCUGGACCACCUGUAUGGAAGGCUGAAAAAUAAAAUACUUCUUGAAAAUAAUCCUGUGUGACCAGCGUGCAUUAUUUUCCAUUCCUCUCGGUGCAGAAGAACAUCACUUCUCUUUCCCUCUCCUGUUCACCCACCGCUUCUCGUCAACUUCCCAUCACGAAGGAGAACAUUUUCCCUCCGUCACGGUGGCGCAGUGGUAGAGUUGCUACUUUGCAGCACCAGAGAGCAGGGUUGGAUCCUGACUAAGGGUGCCGUCUGCACGGAGUUUGUACGUUCUCCCCGUGACCGCGUGGGUUUUACUCGGGUGCUCUGGUUUCCUCCCACACUUCAAAGACGUACAGGUUUGUAGGUUACUUGGCUUCUGCAAAUUGGUAUAUUGUUCCUGGUGCGUAGGAUAGAACUAAUUUACGGAGUGAUCGCUGGUCGGCGUGGACUCGGUGGGCCGAUGGGGCUUGUUUCCACGCUGUAUCUCUAAACUAAACUAAUGACUGGUCCACACUUUGGCCUCAUGGGUGUUUUCCUUUCUUUGGCGAUCUGGGGUGGUGUGAGGUGGAGUUCCUGGACACCCCUCCCACCUCUGACCAUGUCACUGGGUCUCCUAUUUCAUGAUUCACCCAGAAGAUGAAACAUCUCAACAUCUACCUCGUCAUGCAGCCCGAGAUCACUCCUAUAAUAGCACAAACCAAAGACAUGUGGGUUUGCAGAUUAAUUAGCUGGUGUAAAUUGCCUCUAGUGUGUGGAGAGUGGAUGAAAACGUGGGAUAACAUUGAACUAGUGCGAACGAGUGAUCAAUGGUCGGCGUGGACUCGACGG